AUGGUCAAACUAUUCUGCAUCAUUGAUGGAGAAACCACGCCUUUCUCAGUUGUCGUGUCAGAGGAUGCCACUGUGGACGAUCUCAAGAAAGCCAGCUAUCCCAAUAUUAAUAUGGACUUGGAUAUCAAGCCCAAGGAUCUCCAACUCCGGGGUGUCCCCAUUGGAGACGAGGACAAACCAAUUGAAUUAAAGAACCAGAGCGAUGCAAAGAAGCUACUUUCAUUGAGCGCUAUCUCAGAUGUCUUUAACACACUGUCUAAAAGAUCCAUCCACAUCAUUGUUGAGCCACCAUUGUCUGGUAAGUCUCCAUUCAAAAGCGUUUAA